AUGAGUUUGACAUUUACAAUUCCGAAAUUCUUUCUAUUUUGCUUAAAUUUUUUACUUGUGAUUAUUGGGUUGGCAUUAAUUGCUGUCGGUUCAUGGGUUACAGCAGAUGAUCAAGGCUUUAUUGAUACAAUUCAACUUUUUUCGUCAUACAAUUCAAUUGAAUUGCAAUUAUAUCAAGGAACAAGUUUAUUACGUUAUUUCAGUUAUGCUGUGAUUAUAAUGGGCGGAUUAUUAGUAGUUAUUGCUUUUGUCGGCUGUUGGGGUGUAGUAAUUGAAAAUCGAGGAUUACUUAUAGCAUUCACUGCUCUGAUGAUUGUCCUAGUUCUACUUGAAGGUGGAGCUGCUGGAGCGAUGGGUGGUACACAAAGUUUGUGGAAACAAGAUUAUGAGAAGUCGAUGACAGUUCGAUUUGAAUCUAAUUACCGUGGAACAUUUGGAGCUUUCUCAAUUUCGGAAUUUGAAGAUUAUUCAUUAAAAAUGGAUAAAUUGAUGAUUGAACUUGAAUGUUGUGGGUUAAGCGGUUAUCAAGACUUUUCAAACACACGAUCACGUUGGUAUCUGGAAGGUCGAAAAUAUUCAGACGGUACUAGUGGUGAUGCGAUUAAAAUUCCACCAGCUUGUUGUAAAUAUACUUCAAAAGAUUUUUUGAGAAGUGCUGAUUAUGGAAAAUUCCAAGACAAUAUUAAAGAUAAAGAUUGUGUAAAAACAACAAGUGAAUCAAAUAUGAAUGUUGGUUGUUUAACUGCAGUAAACAAUAAAAUACAACAAAGAGCUCUCCCAUUCAUAAGUAUUCCAAUUGUAAUUUUCCUGUUACAGAUUGCUACUAUUGGGCUCAGUAUCUUUUUAAUUUGCCGAAUCAAGAAAUGGGAUAAUGAACUCUACUAUUAA